UGAUUACCCCUAAACGAGUGCAAAAACUGAUAAGGAUGCGCCAAUGAAUAAAACAAACAAUCUCGGUUCCGUUACCGACUGAAACAAUGUCCAAAGUCACGUUUGAUUUUCUCUACUCAAUGCAUGAUGACAUCACCAAUCAAUCACCAACAGCGGUGUGGGAAUUUCAAAGAAAAGCGAGUUUCUCAUCGAAUCAUGUGACAGAAUCUCCAGAACCUUGCACACGUUCUCUCUAGAUACUUCAUCCAAAUUCAGAGAUUUAUCUUCGAUUUUGGUGUACAUUUCACUAUCUUGAGCUCUUGGCUUUGUUUGAUUGUAUUGAUUGUCUAUUGAGGGUUCUUGAAUUUUGAUUUUUCAAACCGGGCUUGUUGGAUUAGGGUUUGGUUAAUGUGAAUGUGAAGAUGUCUCCGGGUUUCGAUGCAAUGAGUGGGACUCCACCUGGAAUUUCGCUUCUACGAAGCGUUAGAGGCAAGGAUUGGAGUCUAAAUACCUAUAGAUAUAUGGUUUUGUUGAUUACUUUUAUAGCUUAUACUUGUUACCAUGCUUCUAGGAAACCCAGUAGCAUAGUCAAAAGUGUUUUGGAUCCAGACCCUAAGAAGAUCAAUGUAAUUCACCCCUGGCCAAUUGGUGAAUUCUUUGUUAAGAGGGAUUUUGUGGUGGGUACUGAGAUGAAUAGAUUAAGAGAUCAGGGUUGGGCUCCAUUUAAUGGAACAGAUGGGACUUUGAAAUUGGGAGAGAUUGAUGUUGCAUUUCUAGCUUGUUAUUCUCUAGGAAUGUAUGUUGCUGGGCAUUUAGGGGAUACUUUGGACCUGAGAUUGUUUUUGACUACUGGGAUGAUUGGGAGUGGGAUUUUUGUCGGGCUUUUUGGGAUGGGUUACUUUUGGAAUAUACAUGUGUUCUGGUUUUAUUUGGUGAUGCAAAUGGUAGCCGGGUUGUUUCAGGCAACGGGUUGGCCUUCGGUUGUUGCUGUUAUAGGUAAUUGGUUUGGGAAGAGGAAGAGGGGAUUGAUAAUGGGUAUUUGGAAUGCUCAUACAUCUGUGGGGAAUAUCAGCGGUUCGCUUCUUGCUGCCAGUGUAUUGGAGUAUGGAUGGGGCUGGUCUUUUAUACUUCCUGGUGCUUUUAUCAUUCUAGGAGGGACAAUAGUGUACCUGUUCUUGGCUGCUUAUCCUGAGGAUGUUGGGUUUCCUAGCCCACAUGGUUUUGCUUGCAAUCUCAAGACAGUGACUAAUGAUGAAGAAGCUCAGAUAAGAAAAGGAGACUUGGUGGAAGCUGAAAAGAGAAAUAUCCUGCAGUGUCGAUCGGUGAAUAGGAAAAGUAUCGGGCUUUUUGAAGCUUUCCUAAUACCUGGUGUCAUACCAUUUGCAUUGUGCCUCUUCUUCUCAAAGCUUGUGGCAUACACAUUUUUGUAUUGGCUACCAUUUUAUCUUAGUCAGACAGCUAUUGGCGGAGAGUAUAUAUCGGUAAAAUCUGCAGGAAAUCUUUCUACUCUGUUUGAUGUUGGGGGUAUUGUUGGUGGGAUUUUGGCUGGCUACAUAUCUGAUAAACUUAAUGCUCGUGCUACUACUGCAGCCAGCUUCAUGUAUGCUGCAAUCCCUGCUUUGAUUCUCUAUCGCACAUAUGGGAGUAUUUCAAUGACCUUUAAUAUUGUACUUAUGAUGAUUGCUGGUUUGUUCGUAAAUGGACCCUAUGCUCUUAUCACUACUGCAGUCUCUGCAGAUCUCGGUACACACAGUUCUCUCAGAGGGGAUGCUCGGGCACUGGCAACAGUCACUGCCAUUAUUGAUGGUACUGGAUCGGUUGGGGCAGCUUUGGGCCCUCUUCUUACUGGUUUCCUUUCUACCAAGGGAUGGGAUGCAGUUUUUGUGAUGCUAAUGAUUGGUGCUCUUGUUGCUGGUCUUCUUUUGUCCCAUUUGGUCAUAACUGAACUUACUGAGAUAAAUUGCAAAUGGAAAUCUAUACCCAGUGGGCAGCACACUCCUGGAGCUACUGCGUCUAAACCCCUUCUAAGUGAUCAAAGGUGAUAUCAGGAAUGGCCUCGUGAAGUAUCAUGGUGUUCAGAAAAUCAAGAACAAAUUGGUAAGCAGUCUUCAAAAUAAUUGUCUGAUAAAGCAAAUACAAUAAUUUGCAUUUGUGAAGUUUGAUAACCUCAUCUACUGCUUCUAGUGAAAACAAAUUGUUCUUCUGUAGUGUAAUAUGUAAGCUGAUAAUGUGUAAAUUAUUUUGGUUCCCUGGAGUUUUGAUAGUUAUUUUACCGUAUCACAAUAAAAUAAGAAAUUGUACCUUCUCUUGACAACCAAUAUGAGUUGUGCUGAUAAAAA